AUAACGACUGUAGCGACACAUGAAUCGUCAGUAGUCAAAGGUCUUUGAGAGUCUUUAAUCAAAAUCUUCAUCUGUAAAUCUUCGUGUUGAGUAUUGCAUGCACUGCAGGGAUGCUGAGGAGUGUAUUCAGGUGCCUUAGGACCAAUUCUGUAGCUGGCCAGAGAAGUAUGUCUCAAAGCAGUCUCGCUGGCAAAGUAGCCAUAAUCACUGCCUCCACAGAUGGAAUCGGUCUGGCUGCGGCUCAGGCUCUGGGAAAAAGAGGGGCCCAUGUGGUCGUGAGCAGCCGGCGGCAGGCCAACGUAGACCAGGCUGUGGCACUACUGCAGAGCCAGAGCAUUCAAGUGACUGGAACAACCUGUAAUGUCGGCAAGAGAGAAGACAGAGAAAAACUAGUCCGGAUGACUCUGAGUCAGUAUGGGGGCAUUGAUAUCCUGGUGUCCAACGCAGCAGUCAACCCUUUCUUUGGAAACAUCAUGGACUCAACCGAGGAGGUCUGGGAUAAGAUCCUGAGUGUGAAUGUAAAAUCAGCCUUCCUCAUGACCAAGCUGGUGGUGCCUCAUAUGCAGAGGAGGGGAGGUGGAACUGUAAUAUUUGUGUCAUCUGUGGCUGGAUACCAACCAAUGCCGGCUCUGGGUCCUUACAGCGUGAGUAAGACGGCCUUGCUGGGUCUAACUCAGGCGCUGACCCCUGAGCUGGCUCAGAGUAACAUAAGAGUGAACUGCGUGGCCCCUGGAGUAAUCAGGACCCGCUUCAGCUCUGCGUUAUGGCAGAAUGAAGGCAUCAUGGAAGAGUUUAAAAAGCAGCUUAGUAUUAAAAGAAUCGGAGAGCUGGAGGAAGUCGGAGGAGUGAUUGCGUUCUUGUGCUCCGAGGAGGCGUCCUACAUCACCGGGGAGACCAUCACAGUGACCGGAGGGAUGACCUGUCGACUCUGAAGAUUGUGUUCGAUUAGAUUUUGACUGCUUCUGUUUUUCAGACGUGCUCGCAAAGAACAGCCAGAAUUAAGCUUAAUACAAGCACUACAACACACCUCAAGUUCUUUGGGUUACUUUGCAACUUUUUGAGUUUCCAGGCUGAUUUUUUUUUUUUUUUUUGCUAUGAAUAGCUCUGAAAUUUUCUAAUGAAAACCUGAUAUUUCUAAAAAAAAAAUGUAUUUAUUUUUUUAGAGAUUUCAACUGUCAGAUAAAACACUUCAGUAAAUAAACACAUUCAUGAUCCACGAU